AUGAAGUUCAUCGUUGUUGUCAAUGCCCUCAUGGUGGCUCUCUGCAGCCACGUCGCGCUGGCCUCUACCAUCGGCCACCCCUCCCUGAUGUCCCGCGAGGAUGCCCUCAGCAAUAACAACUCCACCGUCGCCACUCCUUACGGCAACAUCGUGAGCACCGUCCUCGAAGAUGGCAAGAAGAAGAUGGAGUUCUUCGAUGUCGACGGCACCCUCGAGGUCACUGCCAUUGAGACCGCGGAAGGAACUGCUACCUUCUACGACGCCGAAGGCAAGGAAGUCAAUCUUGCUGACAUGGACGACGACGACGAGGACCUGGAGAAGCGCGUGGCUAAGUGGAGGCUUGCCAUCAAAUUCGCCAAGCUGAUUGCCAAGUAUGGCAAGCGGGCCUGGUCCUACAUCUACUGUGUUGGUACUGCUCCGUUCUGGAAGUGCGGCGAUGAGUUCCUUGACUGUGCUACUGCUGGCCGUGCUCCUUGGAACUGCUACGAGGGAGCCAUCUGUGUUGGAUGGAGCGUUCACAAGCACUGCAAGUAA